GUGGAAUGUGCACGUACUUCGCUUGAAUAUUCAUCGAAUCGACUUUUUAUUACUCUCUGGCCUAAUUAUCCAGAAGUGAAGCUAACUUUGCGAUCCGAUGGGGAUGAUAGAAAUAUGGAAAUUGUGAAAUUCUCAGAGACUGUCAAGUACACAAACGAAACCACCGAGGAACCUUUCGCGUGGACGGAACGCGUUCAAGCUGGUAAAUCACCGAGCAAAUGGAAGAUUUCCACGGGUGACAGUGGCAGGAAUAGGGUGGACGCUGUUAACAGGCAUAUCGACAUCAACAGAAACGUUGUCGCGAUUCUAUGGCACGGUAACAAGUUCAAGGGAGGUUCAACUGUGUACAACAGCCUAGAAGCCACGAACUUGAUUCGAGAAAGGAGGAUUGAAGUCACAGAAACCUACGUAGAGAGUUAA